AUGGCUCAGCUCCAGGUCACAGGUGUGAGGUUUAGCUGGACCACUGUGCUGGCUCUGUCUCAAUUUAUCUACCUGCUGUUGGGGGCCACUGUUUUCCAACUGCUUGAGAAAGAGACUGAGAGCCAAAAUCGCAACCACUUUCAGAUGGAGAAACUCUAUUUUCUGGCUAAUUACACUUGCCUGGAUGGACCAGCCUUGGAGACGUUUGUAAAGGUGAUUUUAGAUGCAAGAGAAAGUGGGGUGAACCCUUCAGGAAACUCCACUAACCCAAGUAACUGGGAUUUCGGCAGCUCUUUCUUCUUUGCAGGGACAGUUGUCACCACUAUCGGCUAUGGAAAUCUCUCACCCACCACAUACCCAGGGCAGGUUUUCUGUGUGUUUUAUGCCCUAUGUGGGAUCCCCCUUAAUCUCACCUUCCUCAACCAGCUCAGCAAGUGUCUCAGCGUUCAUCUGGGGCACCUGGAGCACAGGAUGAUGUCAAUGUUGCCUCACAAGCAUUAUGUGGAGGUGCUGGUGGUGGUUAUAUUCCUGUUCACGGGCAGUGUGCUAUUCCUGAUCUUCCCGCCGAUGAUCUUCAGCUAUGUGGAGGGCUGGUCAUACGGAGAGGGCUUCUAUUACACCUUCAUAACACUCAGCACUAUCGGCUUUGGAGACUACGUGGUUGGAAAUGGCCAGGACAAGCAAAAUGUCUCUGUGUACCGCUGCCUAGCAGCAGUGUGGAUCAUCUUUGCCCUGGUAUGGCUCGCCCUUCUUCUCAACAUAGGUGCCAGAAUCAUGGAGCAUUUUCUCAGCCUCAAACAGCCCCCCAGCGAUGCAAGAGAUGAGCAAAGGUCUUCAGUAAGGAAGCAGGAGGAGGGUCUGGGUACCCCAGAGAACCAGCCCCAAGAGAAGCAGAAGGAAAAAAGCUUCUUUAAAAUCAGAAUGGUUUAA